UCCCGUUGUGUCUUGGCUCAGUCUUGCAGUGUUCGUCAGUCAGUGAAGAUAUAUUGGUACGCCGUUCGGUGCAUUCAUUCUCGAGUUCUACUGAUCGCUCUCUUUCUCCACUCUCAACAGCGGUGAUUUAUUCGUCGGCGAAUCGAUAAGACAUUUUGCAGUACGUCACAAAAUACCAGGCGCGCUCAUCAUCGCAAAACACUUGCGCUCUCGUCGCUUUGUUGUGCACGGAAGCAAACAGCGUUCGUUUAAAACACAAUCUUUCAAGAAUCAAGAGGAAACGAAGAUUUCUCCCGCGUCACUCGUGACUACCGUCGCUUGCGUAAAGGUGUAAAAGGGACUUACUUAAUCGGUUGCCUCUUUCUCUCUCUUAAAAAAGAAAGCAGCAAAAUCAAACAAGUAUUCCGUUCCGAGAAGUGUAGUAUCAGCGAAAAAAUAUUUGCCAUUGCCAGUUCAGAGCUGCGACUGAAAGCAAUCCCCGAUCCCAGUGUUUGAUCCCAGAACCAUGUGGGCCGUUUCUAAGGCGAAAGAAGCCUGACACGACUAGUUUCGUGAAAUCGUGAACUGCUAUACAAAAUCGUAGUGAUUGUUCUUGUCUCCUUGUCCGGCAAGGAGAGCUAUCGCGUACUUACCGCCAGCACGGCAGGAUAUAAAAUUAACAGCUUCGAGGAUUGACCAGCCCGGAACGUAACCGACUUGAUGAAAAGAAAACCAGUGCUAACCGAAUUGAACCAACUCAUAGCGAUACCUAUGUAUUGCAGCAGGGAUUUUCCAAGCACAGUGAGCAAUUGUCAGCGUUAUACCGCCAAGGAUCCCCGCCUUAGAUCCAGCCAAGUUAUUUCAUCGACGUUAAUACGACCGGAUAAGAUCGCCACCCGUCAGCCCAGUUGAAAGAGUCACCCAUCACAACAACAACAACAAUUAGUGAUUGCCCUCGGGUGAACACAGCUUCAAAGCAUAUAAAACAGUACGGUAUAUGUGUGUGUAUCUGUGUAUGUCCCGAUCGAAAGCAUAGCCUACUGUAAGCGCAUAUAUCAAAAGUGAAAGAUCAUUAGCCGAGUCAGCGUUGUUUUUCUAACGCUACUCGUAACAGCUACACAGUAGAUCACGCCAGCCGAGAACGACGUGUUCGAUUAGUUUUGAGUUCUAUUAUCACAUCGCUAGACGCACAUGUAAACAGAUCUCUCCCGCGAAGGAUUGUGACGAUACAGUACGGAAUCAUUCUCUCUUACUCUCUAUUUUUUUAUGUGUUGCAAUCUUAUCACGUGCGUAGCUAAUUAAUCAAUGUGCAUCGUCUACUGCCAACGACAUUUGGAAGCUCUUCCACAUCAGGAUUCCGGUGUUUGGAAUUUUAAAUUGAUUGAAUAAACUAGUUCGAAACGUGACAAUACUGCUCCGGUACUCCGGUUAGCGCCAAUUAUCCGCGAAAACCAUAGCGCCUUUGAUGCGCGCAACUAGUGGGACCACAUCCCAUCGAAACCAAUUUCAUUACCUAGUAAUAACACACACAAACGAGCAAAAUGGUGGUUGAAAUUCAAAUCACCGAUCCUAGCAAUAAGAUCGUCACGGUUCGAAGCAACACCGACAAUCAACAUAAUAGUAAUAACAAUUAUACUAGUGAUAACAACAACUACAACGGCAAUACCCGAUUCGGUCAGGAGGAGCUGGAAGCACUCAAAACGACCUUGCUCAACUCCAAUGAAGUGACCUUCUGUGAUCUGUCCGAUAAUGAGAAGGAUGACCGUCCAAUGAUGUCUCAGCUGACGGUGGCCGAUAUCAAGAAGAAAAGGCGAUUGAAUUCCGUCAACUCGGAAGCCGACUCGAUUCUAUCGUCCUACCAGGAACCGGUCAAAGCUAAACCCAAAAUUCCAGAUGGAGGUUAUGGCUGGGUGGUGGUCUUUUCGUCGGUGAUGAUCUCGCUGAUCAUGGAUGGCGUUUCGUUUUCCUUCGGGCUGAUGUACACCGAAUGGUUGGACUAUUUCGGAGAGUCCAAAUCGAAAACCGCUUGGGUUGGUUCGCUGUUUAUUUCCGUUCCCCUGCUAUCCGGACCAAUCAUGUCCAAUCUAGUGGAUCGGUACGGUUGCCGAAAGAUGACUAUGCUGGGAGGUUUCAUCGCAACGAUCGGUUUCGUCCUUGCAGCAUACUGCACAACCGUCGAACAGCUGUACUUCACGUUCGGUAUCCUUGCUGGCAUUGGUCUAGGUUUCGGAUAUGUUACGGCCGUGGUUGCGAUCGCGUUCUGGUUCGACAAAAGGCGAACAUUUGCGACCGGAAUCGGUGCUUCCGGAACAGGCAUUGGUACCUUCCUGUACGCUCCGUUUACGCAGUGGUUGAUCGAGAUAUUCGGUUGGCGAGGCACAACAUUGAUCCUGGCCGGAACCCUGUUCAACAUUUGCGUGAUGGGCGCUCUCAUGCGUGAUCCCGACUGGAUGAUCGAGGAAAGUAAACUGGAAAGUCGAUCACAGAGUAUGCAAACCUUCUCCAACUCUAGUGUUUGCCUGGAUGAAAUCAAGAAAAUGAUUGAAACUGGCAUUCCCAAAGAGCACCUGCUGGAUACACUGGUGACUAACGUGAAUACCGAAGCGAACCAAGUUAUCGCUCCAGACAACCCGGCACUGACGAAAAAGUAUUCAAGUGAGCUAACACUGCCCACGUUUUUGAAGUUCGAUCACGAGCUCACACGUCCAAAUCCUCAGAUUGGCAGUCGCCGUUCUCUUCGACAAGCCAUUCUGGCCAAAGAAACCUUCCGAAAGUUGGAGGAAGUUCUGGCACCAUGCGAAGACAAACAACCUGCUCAUGCAAAACUCGCUAGCUCUGAGACAUUGAACUCUCAGGAGAAAUUAUCGAGUUAUCUUGAAAACGGUGAACCGGAUCAUGGAUCGUCUAUGGCAACUCUGAGUGUGGCCUCGCUCGAAGACGCUUAUCUCAGUGAACACCGUCAGAAAGAACUCCGAGAAUCCCGGGUUGGUCUAAGUUCGUGGUCACUCGAUGAGAAAUCCGUUCCAGCGAAAAAGGAUGUUGACGAAGUAAGCCGUCGAUCGGUCCGCAAAACCUCACUGGAUGUGGUGUACGAAAACGAAAUCUUCAACCCUAAUGUCGAUACUGCCGUCACGUUACUAGUGCCGAAACAGAAACGAUUGGAACCGAAACACAACGGCGGUCUGAAGCGUUCGAACACGCACUCACACCACCAUGCUAGGUAUUCCAAUUUUUUGAAGGAUAUGCGUGUACACAAGAAUUCGAUUCACUAUCGAGGAGCCCUACUGCAUACACACCGCUACCGCCUGAAGGCGUCCUCCUGUCCGAACAUCUAUCGAAAUUCCAUGACUACGAUUGCGCGCGAAAAGGAAGAGAUAUUCAUUGUGCCUUCUCGUUCUGGUCGGUUGAGAACCUGGUACGACGGUUUCAUCGAUGCGAUAAAGACGAUGUUCGAUUUUUCAUUGUUCUUAGAAUUCAAAUUUGGCAUGUUGUCACUAUCGACCUUGCUACUGUUUACCUGGUACAUCAUACCCUAUUUCUACAUCCCUGACUUCAUGCUGCUGCACGGCUACAGUGAACAAGAGGGAGCCAACAUGAUAUCGAUCAUCGGUGUUGCCAGUAUGGUUGGUAUGGUUGUUCUCGGGUGGCUCGGUGAUCAACUCUGGGUAGAUGUCACCAAGUACUAUGGCGUCUGUUUGGGAUUUUGUGGGCUUUCGGUGGCUUGCGUUCCGAUCUGUGUCACCAACUACUACAUCAUGGCGAUUUUGAGCAUCGUGUUUGGAUUUACCUUUGCCAGUACCUAUUCCUUCACGCCCAUUAUUGUCGUUCGGCUGGUGAGCCUGGACGAUUUCACCAUCGCGUAUGGACUGUGCCUGCUGAUACAGGGCAUCGGGAGUUUGAUAGGACCACCGCUGGCCGGGCUGAUGUACGAUUUAACCGAGCGUUGGGAUAUGGCCUUCUACGUGGGUGGUUUCUUCCUCAUACUGUCCGGAGUGUGCUCCUGGGCCGUUGGAUACCUGCCGGCUACUCCUGAUGAUGAUGAUGAUGAUGAUGACGACGAAAAGGACAACGAAGCAUUAAGCUCGACCAUUACUGAAUAGAAUACGAAAAAAAAUCUCGUUUGUCGCUUAUGGAAUCAGUACUUAUGACGUUUGUUUUCCUGUAGAAGUAUUAACGUUAAUAUUCUUCCUAGUGAUAUUUCCCACGUGACAAAAGCAGUUCAGCUACCUCAAACAUUUUAAAACCCGAUUUUAUACUCUCUUUUUUAGACAUCAUGAGCUGAGGGUAAACACAUUUUUUUAUUUUGUUUUUGCGAAAGCUAGUGCCUUUUGAAUUUUACUACGUGUUAGCAAGAAUACUAUUUAAAAUUUUCUUUGUUAUUCGUUUUGAAAGUAAGUCUGGGGAGUACUCUAGGUUGAAUAAACUCGAGUACAUCGGGCAUUAUUUGGAAAUGUUUGAGAUGCCGCUAUAAGAAUCAAAUCAGUUUUUAGUAUGUAGUGAUUUUUAUUAAAUGGUUCAUAUGCCGCUUCCAACAUACGAAUGUGGUUUCAGUUGUACUCGAGUGGCGAUAUCGAUAGAUGAAUCGCAAGAACUACUUUAAACAAUAUAUAGGUGCAUAACUAAUAUAUGUAAGGUCCAAUGUCGAAUUAUGUAGCCAGUUUGUUUGGAAUUGAUUGAAUUUAUUAAAUACAGGUAAUUAUUUUGCACUACAGGUAGAAAGAUGAGAUUAGACAAUAUAAUGUUCAGGUUCAUUCAAUUUAACUUUAGGCAUAAUUACCUUUAGAAAAUAUAGAAACAAAAAAACUACAGUAAAAUUGAACUUCUUUUUUUCAAAAAUGUUUAGGUGAUAAAACUAGGCACUGAUAAUUAAAUUAUAUUGAACGUUACAAGACAACGAUGGCUAGAACAGACAUAUUCUCAAUAUUUAUAUAAUCAAGUACUUACAUUACACCUCCAUCUGUUCAUUACGUUUUUCAUGGUUAUAAAUCUAUAUUCUUUUUGGAAAAAAUUAACAAUAAGUUGCAUAAUUUAUUUCCGAAAGUCCUAAACUGUAAUGCAUUUCAGUCUCAAUAAAACUUUUCUUGAAGAAGUGGCAGUAAACAUGAACAACAUACAAUGCAUUCACUGAAUCAAUUUGACCCAGAAGUAAGUUUCCUGCUUUUGUUUCAAAUCAUUGGCUUUAGUUUUAAUAAAUGGUUUUUACUCACCUUUACAAUAAUGAAUUUCUCGUUUUUUUUGAAUACCAGAAUAAAUCGAGCCCUUAACCAAUUUAAAUUAAUUUAACCAGAACUGUACCAUGUGGCCAUGCGUUGUUGUGAUUUGAGCUAUUUUUCCCUCGAUGAUUGCGUUAAACGAAUUUGGUGUGUGUUUUGUACAUUCGAGAUAAGCAUAAAGAAUUAUCAUUUAGAUUGUCAUUCAAAACUAUCACUCACUGAGGCACGUCACAAAACACAAUAUUCAAUUCAAUUCUAUCUUCUGGGUAAGUUACGGUGUAUUUUAGGUGCAAGAAAAUGUUUUUAUAUUUUGUCAUGCUCAAUAAUGUAACAAUCUUGAACCUGUACCAAAAUUUAAUAAACGUCUUAUAUUACCUAUUUUCAAACAUUUUCAAUUAUUAGGAGCUCUUCUUGUCUUCAACCUAAAUACCCUAUAUCCCCUGUAAUUGAUGAAUGAGAAAACCGCAGAAGAAAAAACAGUCUCGUGAGUUUUUAUUGAUAUUACCCCAGAACGACCCUAUAGAAGGUGACUUUAAUUUCCUCGGAAACCUCACCCAACCACUCCUAUUUCAAUUCUAAUAAUUUCUUUAUCAGCCUCUUUGAAAAUUCAUUCAAUAUAUACCAAUACAAUUUCAUUACUUAU